UUUAUGCGCCGACCGUCCCCCACGUGUUGUUAGGGAAGGAUGAUAAUUUAAGUACAGUUAACCGAGUGGCCAUCUACAGCAGAAUAGCGGCUGGGCCAGCGAGUCCAUGCAUACGGCUUUAUACAUGUGCCGCACUUAAUCGCCGCGGCCGAUUAUAUGUAUUUAUUUUCCUCUCCACUGAUGGGUGAACAAUGGAGAAGCCGUCAGCAGAAAUUUCUAGUGACCCUCCUAUUUUCCCAUGCACCAGAUCAUUGUUUAUGAUGCUGUUGUUGAGUAGGAGGGCAGGGACGGACCUGAUCUCGGCGGAUUUCUGCUAGAAAACACUCAGAACUCGACGGGCUGUGAUCGGCCUCGCAUCCUUCCAGAUCCGAGCAGCUGAUGUUGGCGGUGCUGCCGCUCUCCUCCAGGCGAACAUGGUGAAAUUCCCGGCGCUCACGCACUACUGGCCUCUCAUCCGAUUCCUGGUGCCGCUGGCCAUAACCAACAUAGCCAUCGACCUCGGCGAACAGGCUUUGAACAGGGGUAUUGCAACAGUUAAAGAGGAUGCAGUACAAAUGCUGGCCAGCUAUGGUCUGGCCUACUCCCUCAUGAAGUUCUUCACUGGCCCUAUGAGCGAUUUCAAGAACGUAGGGCUGGUGUUUGUCAACAGCAAACGGGACAGAACCAAGGCAGUCCUCUGUAUGGUCACCGCAGGAGCCGUGGCUAUCAUUUUCCACACUCUUAUUGCCUACACAAGUCUGGGCUAUUACAUCAUUAACAAACUGCAUCAUGUGGAUGAGACUGUGGGGAGUAAGACCCGGAAGGCGUUUCUCUAUCUGGCUGCUUUUCCUUUACUUGACGCCAUGGCCUGGACUCAUGCUGGAAUCCUUCUGAAGCACAAGCACAGUUUCCUGGUGGGAUGUGCGUCAAUUUCUGAUGUUAUUGCACAGAUUGUGUUUGUCACUAUUUUGCUCCACAGUCACCUGGAGUGUGUGGAGCCCUUGUUGAUCCCAAUCCUCUCUCUGUAUAUGGGCGCCUUGGUACGCUUCACUAUUGUUGGUUUGGGUUACUACAGGAACAUUCAUGACAACAUCCCAGAAUCCAGUGGGCCUGAGGUUGGGGGUGAUGCCACUAUUAAAAAGAUGCUAAGCUUUUGGUGGCCGUUGGCUCUCAUUCUGGCUACGCAGCGGAUUAGCAGACCCAUCGUCAACCUGUUUGUGUCACGGGAUCUGAAAGGAAGCACAGCUGCCACAGAGGCUGUCGCAGUUCUCACAGCAACAUAUCCAGUGGGUCAUAUGCCAUAUGGAUGGCUCACUGAACUCAGAGCUGUUUACCCUGCAUUUGACAAGAAUAACCCAAGCAAAAAGUUGGCCAACAGUGGUACAGUUGUGACAAAGUCCGACAUCAAGCGCUUCACUUUUGUUUGUUUGGCUCUUUCUAUAACGCUCUGUUUUGUGGUGUUCUGGGCUCCACACAUUUCUGAGAGGAUCCUGGUGGACAUCAUUGGCGUAGAUCAUGCCUUUGCUGAGCUGUGUGUCACCCCAUUACGAAUUUUCUCCUUCUUUCCCAUUCCAGUGACGAUUCGUGCUCACCUGACUGGUUGGCUCAUGACCCUGAAGAAGACCUUUGUCCUGGCGCCCAGCUCUGUCCUCCGCAUCAUUGUCCUCAUUACCAGUCUCAUAGUGCUGCCUUACAUGGGGGUACAUGGAGCCACACUUGGUGUUGGAUCCCUGCUGGCUGGUUUCCUUGGGGAGUCUACUAUGGUUGCAAUCGCAGCAUGCUAUGUCUACCGAAAACAGAAGAAAAAGAAAGACUCUGAUGAAGACAUAACCAUCGACGGGGAGGACUCUGCCCCCAUGAACGAGGUCAGGGCCGGGGGCCGCAUGGACGACAUCGUGGAGUUGAGAGAAGAGGAUGAGGAAGACUGAGCAGUGGAUUCUAGGCUGAGCGGGAUGCGUUGUGGGAAUCAGGGCCUUCUUGCUUUCUCGGGCAGUGUUCUUAUUGCUUACUGUCCCCUGCUGCCGCCUUUCCCUCCUGCCGAAGCGAGAGCCCAGCUCACCUUUUCAGUGUGUGCACAGUUCAAAUAAACACAGACUACAGUCGUCUGCUGCAGCAUAUCUAUGUUACAGUACACACGCUGACAUACAAAUGCGUACAUGCGUCUUCCAGCUGCCGUCAGGAGAUUUUAUUUUCUGAUGCAGGACAGUGAAGAUAUUGAUCUGUACCAAAGCAAUGUUGUGCAUUAACUGCUAUUUUUUCUGUAUGCUGAUCUUUAAUGUGCUGCCGUCCUACACGUUUUGAAUCUUCAAAGGAAAGACUACACUAAAUGCAGUUACAUCAUCCGCUUGGAAUGUAUUUUCUGUCUCCUCUUCUUCUUUUUUACUUCUAAUAUUUAACAGACAGGACAGACUUGAUAAGAUUUUUGAGGUCCAGAGUGCACACUGCAC